CUUGCAGGCCAGGCUGGGUAUUGGCAUAACACUGUAAGCACCUGGCCGCAGCAUGGAUCCAACAAGGAAAUGGCAUAGUAUGCCAGCCCAGCCCAGCCUGAAAAAACUUACAGACCCUAGGUAUGGGAAGCCUGGCCAGGCGCAGCACUCGGCCCUGCAAGAACUUACACGGGCGCACAUAGAGUCUUUCGACCAGGCCAUGUCAGAGGGGCUCAACCUGGCAGUGCAGGCUAUGAAACCACUGGAGUUUGCGUUCAAAAAUGAUAAAGUCACUUUUGCAAUUGUCGACGCUACGAUUAGUACUCCUAUGGUGCCAAAAGGUACUAUCUGCAGUGAGCCAAAGGUUUACCCUGCAGAAUGCAGAGGACGCAGGAGCACAUACAGAGGGAAGCUGACGGUUGAUAUUAGCUGGUCAUUAAAUGGUAUUCAAAAAGGUAUCAUAAAACAGUCCUUUGGUCAUAUGCCUAUAAUGGUGAAGUCAAAGUUCUGUAACUUGCAUGGUCUUUCACCAAAGCAACUUAUUGAACAUCAUGAAGAGGAAGAGGAAAUGGGAGGCUAUUUCAUAAUAAAUGGAAUAGAAAAAGUUAUCAGAAUGAUAAUUAUGCCUCGGAGGAAUUUUCCUAUUGCUACGAUUCGACCUAAGUGGAAAGGCAAAGGGCCUAGUUACACUCAAUACGGUAUCACAAUGCGCUGUGUCAGAGACGAACAUUCGGCAGUCAAUAUGACCCUGCAUUAUCUUGAAAAUGGCUCAGUCAUGCUGAACUUCAUAUAUCAGAAAGAACUCUUCUUUAUCCCGCUGGGGUUUGCUCUUAAGGCCCUGGUUGAUUUCUCAGAUUAUCAGAUUUUCAGUGAGUUGAUUAAAGGCAAGGAAGACAAUUCCUUCUACAGGGACUGUGUCACUCAGAUGCUUAGGAUUGUGAUGGAGGAAGGAUGUCACACUCAGAAACAAGUUCUCAGGUUUUUAGGAGAGCGAUUCCGUAUCAAGUUUUACCUUCCUGACUGGUAUACGGAUGAGAGAGCUGCAGAGCACUUAUUAAGCGAAUGCAUUUGCAUCCAUCUUAAGAACAACAUUGACAAGUUUCAAAUGCUCGCUCUGAUGACACGAAAGCUUUUCACUUUUGCCAAGGACGAAUGCAUGGAGGAAAAUCCUGACAGCUUAAUGAAUCAGGAAGUUCUGACACCAGGACAGCUUUUGUUAAUGUUUUUAAAGGAAAAAAUGGAGGGUUGGCUGGUGUUAGCGAAGCUAAACCUAGACAAAAGAGGACAAAAAACUAAUCUUGUCUUGAACACAGAAACCCUCAUGAAAAUAUUUGGUUCUACAACCGAUCUCACAAGAGCAUGUGAAUAUCUGCUGGCCACUGGCAACCUGCGAUCUAAAACGGGUCUUGGAAUGCUGCAAAAUUCUGGCCUUGUUGUAGUUGCUGACAAGCUGAAUUUCGUCCGAUACAUCUCCCAUUUCCGUUGCGUGCACAGAGGUGCUGCUUUUGCCAAGAUGAGGACCACCAGUGUGCGCCGGCUUUUGCCUGAGUCCUGGGGUUUCCUGUGCCCUGUACACACACCAGAUGGCGAGCCCUGCGGUCUCAUGAAUCACAUGACGGCAGUGUGUGAAAUUGUUACGCAGCCGAUAUCCAAUUCUUCCCUGCUCUUAUUGCUUUGCUCAUUAGGUGUCACCCCCAUAGAUGGAAUACCAGGAAAACCAUUUGUAGAUUGUUACCCAGUCAUGUUAGAUGGUGCUAUGGUGGGCUGGGUAGACAAAGACAUGGCCCCCAAUGUUGUCAACACACUGAGAACUUUCAAGGUAAUGCAAGAAAAAAAAGUACCACCUUGGACAGAAGUAGUUCUCAUUCCAAUGACUGGGAAAGCCAGCUUGUACCCCGGCAUCUUUGUGUUCACCACUCCCUGCAGGAUGAUGCGGCCAGUUAGGAACUUGACCUUGGGAAAAGAAGAGCUGAUUGGACCAUUGGAGCAGGUCUUUUUGAAUGUGGCCAUAUUUGAGGGUGAAAUUGUGCCAGGAGUAGCUACUCACCAGGAGCUGUUUCCUCACAGUAUGAUGAGUGUGGUGGCCAAUUUCAUUCCAUACUCUGACCACAACCAGAGUCCCAGGAACAUGUACCAGUGUCAGAUGGGUAAGCAAACAAUGGGCUUUCCUCUUAUGACAUAUCAAGAUCGUUCUGAUAAUAAAUUGUACCGACUACAAACCCCACAGUCUCCGCUAGUGCGCCCUGCAAUGUAUGAUCAUUAUGAAAUGGAUAACUAUCCCAUUGGCACAAACGCGAUUGUUGCAGUCAUCUCGUACACAGGUUACGAUAUGGAAGAUGCUAUGGUGUUAAAUAAAGCUUCAUGGGAAAGAGGGUUUGCUCACGGAAGUGUCUACAAGACUGAUGUCAUAGACCUGGCUAAAAAAAUUAAAGACGGAGAAGACAAUUUAGUAUUUGGGAUAAAGGCAGAUGAUUCGAGGGUUACGGGAAGGCUGGAUUAUGAUGGCCUUCCCCACGUAGGCUCUAUUUUGACUUAUGGCGACCCAUUCUAUGGUUAUCUAAAUCUCAGUACUGGAGAAAACUUUGUUGCCUACCACAAGAGUAAGGAAAACUGUGUGGUUGACAAUAUCAAAGUAUGCAGCAAUGAACUUGGCUCUGGGAGGUUUAAAUCUGUCUGCAUCACCAUGAGAAUCCCUCGAAAUCCCACCAUUGGAGAUAAAUUUGCCAGUCGGCAUGGGCAAAAAGGUAUUCUGAGCAAGCUUUGGCCAACUGAGGAUAUGCCCUUCACGGAAAGUGGAAUGGUGCCAGACAUUCUAUUCAACCCACAUGGUUUCCCUUCUAGAAUGACCAUUGGGAUGUUGAUUGAGAGCAUGGCAGGAAAAUCUGCAGCACUUCAUGGUCUUUGCCAUGAUGCCACUCCAUUCACCUUUUCUGAAGAAAAUUCUGCUCUUGAGUACUUUGGUGAAAUGCUUAAGGCAGCUGGCUAUAAUUAUUAUGGCACAGAGAAAUUGUACAGUGGCAUUAGCGGCCUGGAACUUGAAGCUGACAUUUUCAUUGGUGUGGUCUACUACCAGCGACUGCGUCACAUGGUCUCAGACAAGUUCCAAGUUAGGACAACUGGUGCAAGGGAUAAACUAACAAACCAGCCAGUUGGUGGAAGAAAUAUACAAGGAGGUAUACGUUUUGGAGAGAUGGAACGUGAUGCCCUUCUAGCUCAUGGCACCUCCUUUCUGCUCCAUGAUAGACUCUUUAACUGUUCUGAUAGAUCGGUGGCACACGUGUGUGUGGAGUGUGGUAGCUUGUUGUCACCCUUCCUGGAAAAGCCACCUCCAUCUUGGUCAUCUAUGCGCAACAGGAAGCACUAUUGUACUAUUUGCGAUCGUACUGAUACUAUUGAAACAGUGUCUGUGCCUUAUGUGUUCAGGUAUUUUGUGGCUGAGUUGGCGUCAAUGAACAUCAAAGUAAAACUGAAUGUGAGUUAAAAGACCCUGGAUUGUAGUGAAAAAAAAAAUAUAUAUAUAUAUAUAUAUAUAUUCUAAUGUGCCUUCUGGACUUGCAUCAACUGUGCACAAAUCUGUGAAUAACAAUUGCUAAGUUAUUUAGCAAGUAUAUUUCCAUACAACCUAAUAUGGGUUAGGAUACUUUUUACAAGCUGUUUAUGUGUUGGACAUUUAUGGACAUGCUUUUCCCCUUGUAAAUAGGUUUGAUUUUUGAAGGAUUCAUUGCAUAUCAUAGUAUUAACUAUAAAAUAAAGUAAAACGUAUUUUCAGGCUUA